UUUAAGUGAAUGAUUUUUAAACUGAAAAAUAUAAUUCAAUAUAAAAAUUACCUAAUUGAGAAUAUACUUUCAAAUACAUUGUUAAACAAUACUUAUUUUAAAUACAAAAUCUAAAAGGACACAAAACGACGUAAAGAAGACAUAAACACAUUAAGUUUCCUAAGUUCUAGUUCCAGUUACCUCAAUCUCAGAUAGACGAUAAAGUUAUGCUACCAAGAAGUAAAUCCAUUAUGCUCUUGUAAAUAUGCAAAAAUAAAUUGCGUAAAAACAAAAACAGAAUCAACCAAAUUAUCUAAAAGUUUCAUCGACUUUGUGUCCUAUUCUUUUCCUUUUCCAUUUGGCAAGUGAAAUGAAAAAUGGAUUACAAAGAACAUCACAUGAAACAAAUGCACUCCAGUGGAUCAACAGCAUAUGAAACUCUAAUCGCAAUUGUCCCUUCAUCCUUAAUGACAUUUAUCGCAGUGCUGUUAAAUUCAAUGUUUAGAACGUAUAUUACGAAGCAAAAAAAAUAUUUGUUUAUAAUGGAGUAUAUCUUUUUAGUGUUGCCAAUUAUACUUAGUAUAACUAUAUUAUCUCAUUAUUUGAUAAACAUUCUCUUUACUUUAAUAGCUGUUGUUGUUACUACUUUGGCAUUAGUAAUUUAUAGUAUAAAACCGACCAAAUCGUUGGUAACCGAUGAGAAAUAUAAAACAAAUUUUAUAACUAACGCAAGAUCAACAAUAAAUGUUCUAUCUGUCGCAGCUAUUUUAGCUGUAGAUUUCAAAAUUUUUCCUAGAGAUUUUGCAAAAACCGAAUCAUUUGGUUACAGCCUUAUGGAUGUAGGAGUUGGAUUAUUUAUGUAUUCAAAUGGUAUUGUUGCACCUGAAGCAAAGGAGCGAAGGGCUCCAUUAAAAAAAUCGAUAAAAUCAACAUUGCCACUUUUUGUCUUAGGUAUGGCCCGAUUAAUUUUUGUACAACAAACUGAUUACAAUGUUCCUGUUUCUGAAUAUGGAAUACAUUGGAACUUUUUUAUUACCUUAGCAUUAACAAAAAUUUUUUGUGCCUUUGUUUUGAAUGUUACUAAAAUAAAACACAUCUUUUUAAGUGCAGUUUUUAUAAUAGUAACUCAUGAAAUAUUGCUACACAUAGGUCUACAACAGUUUGUAUUAAGUAACAUGAAGAGAAACAAUUUUAUUGCAGCUAAUAAAGAAGGAGUAGUAUCAAAUCUUGGAUACGUAUCGAUAUAUUUAUUUUCUGUUGCUUUUGGUUAUUCCUUACAUAAAAUAAAUCAAGUAAAAAAUAAGUAUACAGGCCUAAUAUUCUUCCUGUAUGCAUUAUUGGCACUACUUAUAUCCUUAAUUUUACAAAAUUACUUUGGAAUAUCUAGAAAAUUAGCUAAUUCAGCUUACUGUUUUUGGAUAUUGUUCAUUGGGAUAUUCAUGACAGAGAUUUAUUAUUUGUCGCAAAUGUUACUGGAAUUUCUUUAUAGGAAUAGAGUAGAAGGUGUAUACUCUCCAUUAAUAUUUGAAGCUAUUAAUUACAAUGGAUUGGUUUUCUUUCUCACGGGGAAUUUAUUUACAGGUUUAAUUAAUUUAACUUUUAACACUUUAACCUUAACCGAUAACUUUAGUUUGAUAAUUCUUACUUCGUACAUGUUUCUUAAUUGUUUAAUAGUAACUUUACUAUAUAAUAAACAAUAUAAACUGAAAAUUUAAA